UGUGGUCACUGAUCAGUCGUCGGUUUUCUGAUUUUGUCGAUCGUAAUUCGUGAUGUAGAAUACAAAUAACAAAAUAUUUAGAUUUCUUUUCUACCAAAUGAGAUAGGAGUAUUAAAGCUUAAAAAUGACAUAAUAUUUUUAAUUAUUAAACAGUGUCUGACAAGUGAAUACGUUUUACCAAACUUCACAAGUUAUAACAAAAUAGUAUUUUUUUUUAUUCUUUAAGUGGUGUGAUGAUAUUCUGAAAUGUUUAGGCGAAUUAUUGGAUUAGGUGUUGCUAGUGGAACAACAGCCACCGCAAUUUCCUAUUACGACAAUAGUUUUAAUUUAGAUUCUAUUGGUAUCCUGAGGUUAAGUCGCGCUGCCAUCACUGGGUUGCAUGUGAUAAUCCAUUAUAAAACUUCUUUGUAUGCUUCAUCAGUAGAUAAAUCGUUACCAAAUUACGAAGAAAUCAGGUCAAAGGCUCACAAAAAAGGAGCUGAACUAUUACUUCAAUUAUGUUAUUCCAACAAAGGAGUUUAUAUAAAAAUUGGUCAGCAUAUCGGAGCGUUAGAGAAUCUCUUUCCAAAAGAAUAUACAGACACAUUAAAAGUUCUCCAUAGCCAAGCACCAAUUACACCUUUGCCACAAAUCUACAAAGUUAUCAAAGAAGAUUUAAAACAAGACGUCAAUGAAAUAUUUAGUGAAAUUGAUCCGAAACCUCUUGGGGCCGCGUCAUUGGCUCAGGUGCAUAAAGCAAAGCUGCGGUCCACCGGUGAAAGUGUAGCAAUAAAAGUACAACAUUCAUAUGUUCACGGAGAUGCUAGCUUAGACAUUGCUAUAAUAGAGGCAAUGGUGAAGAUUGGUUCCUAUAUUUUUCCUGAUUUUCGGUUUAAGUGGCUUGUUAAGCAAACCAAAGAAAAUAUACCGAAAGAGUUAGACUUUACCAUUGAAGCAAAAAAUACAGAAAUGAUUCGCUCUAUGUUUAAGCAUUUUACUUGGCUAAAGAUACCAAAAGUUUAUGAUCAGUAUAGUUCAUGUAGAGUUUUGACACUGGAAUAUUGUGAAGGUGGCCAAGUUAAUGACAUUAAUUAUAUAAAACAAAAUAAAAUUAAUAUGACUGAAAUAUCUGAAAAAAUUGGAAGCCUGUAUAGUGAGAUGAUAUUUAAAAAUGGAUUUGUACACAGUGAUCCUCAUCCUGGUAAUCUAUUAGUGAACAAAGACAAACAUGGAAAUCUGAGUCUAAUAUUAUUGGAUCAUGGAUUGUAUGCCACGUUAACAGAUAAUUUUAGAUGUACCUAUGCUAAAUUAUGGAUGAGCAUAUUAGACAAAAAUCAUGAACGAAUGCAGAAAUAUUGCAACAAAUUAGGAGUCAAGGAAAUGUAUGGUUUGCUUGUAUGUAUGAUAGCCGGACGUACUUGGGAUUCUGUUCAAGAUGGAAUAGUUACCAAAAAAUGGACUGACGAAGAGAGAGAAAAAUUUCAAUCCGGUAUUCCAUUGGUGUUAACAGAAACUCUAUAUAUUCUUCAAACGGUCAAUCCUCAAAUUUUAUUACUUCUCAAAACCAAUGAUUUAAUUCGUGGCAUUGAUACAACUUUGGGAACACACUCAAAAUUGACAUCAUUACGGCCAAUGACUGUAAGCUGCAUAAACGCAGUGUAUGAAAAUCGUUCAAUAUCCACUAAAUCUUUCUGGACAGGGUUACAUGCAAGAUUUCAGAAACAAUGGGCAUUAUUAAAAGUAAGAGUAUUUUACUUAUGGAUAAGUAUAUUUGAUGUUGUUUAAUAUAAUAUUCUAUAUAUUUUUGUUCUUAUUUUUUUUUUGUUAAAAAUCACACAUUGUCUUCAUUUAUGAUAACUCAUAAUUUAAAUUAGACACAUGUUUUUAUGAAAUUAUUUUGUUAAUUUUUAUAAAAUUAUAGCUAAUUAUACCUAUAAAAAAUGUGUGAAAUAAUAAAUUUUUAAUUAUAAAUAAAAGAAAUCUUCCUUGUU